AUGGCACACAAGCACCCUAUAGAGCGAGCGAGGCCUACCAAACCCCAAGACUGCGCCGACCACCGUACCAUGCAGAAGUCAUUUCUCAACCAGAUAUGCGAAGAUUGUCUGCUCGCAGAGCUUGAUACUGAGGCCAACCCUGAUCGGAACGGUGACAACACACAUGAGACUUCGGUUCCUGUCCAAGGGAGCAGAGAAGGUCUCAUUUGGGAUAGUGAGGUCAGAAUCGAGAUUGAGGAUCAAGGACUGGUGUCUUCGACAGGCGCAGUUGUGCAGGCUGCUCCUCAGCCUAUUGUCGGACCCCAUGACGACAGGCAGAUUUUCGAGAGUCAGGUCCAGAUCACGAUCCAGUACGAAGACCACAGUGGAUUUGAACAAGACUUGCCUUCACCAACCUUCACAGCCUCGCCACCCGUCUGCUCCUCGCGGACCUAUUCCCUUGGAAUAUUCCCGGCAAGCGCGUAUUACACCCGUUCCUGUCAACCCAAGUCGCCCAACUACCUGUCCAAGAGGCACGGGCGUGACUCUCAGAGCAGGCUUUAUGAACUCGAUGACGCUGAUGAUGAAUUCGACCGCAUAGAACGACUCUCAACAGAUUCGCGACAAGCAGAACGAGGGCGACCUUUGACGCGGUCAAACCUACACAAGGUUGAGAAGAGCGAGCCAGAGGCAGAGGUCCCGUCUCAGAUCAUUAUCCACAACAUUACUCUCUGGUGUGAGAGCCGAAGGGACGAGAAUGGUGCAGAACUCGGCGACCUAUCCGACAAGCAGUUCAUCCUUGUCAGGGUCACGGAAGAGGAACCCCUUCCGCAACAUUCGUAG